CGUUCUAUUUUAUAAGACAAAAAUCUUUAUGCGGUCACUACAAAGGAAUCAGUCUAAUAUUGUGUCUAAAAUCAGCUCUUUAAGAGCAAACCAUGAACACCGGACCAUUUUCACUCUUGAACCUGUAUAUUUCAACCAAAUGUUCCCCCCUCUACCAGGUUCUGAAGCACAGACAUUUCUACCGACUCCCAACCAUAGUUAUAUUUCUUGACAGACAGCACCUAACUUCCUUGGCUGAGGUUCUGAGGCAAUCUGUCAUUGAAAGGCGUAUCAAUGAAGUCAUUAGCAGUGUACAGGUUUUCUACACUACUGGCCGAGUUAGAGCUUAUGGCGAAUUGUCAUCGGAAGUGGUCACUUCGAAUGGUUUUCGUCAAGGUUGUCCGCUUUCCCCACUUUUAUUUAACUUUGUCAUAGACAUGCUUCUAGAGAUAACACUUUCAUCGUCUGACGUUUCAGAGAUUGAUCUACCAGGAGAUUCACUUGUUGACUUAGAAUAUACACAUGAUAUAGUUUUAUUUGGUGAAAAAGCUGACGAGAUUCAAUCUUUUGACCACCCUAAGCAGCAGUGCAAGGAUGUUUGCGGUGGGGUUUUCUCUGUCCACAUGCUAAAUGUUAGUUCCGGAUAAGCAUGAG